ACAGGCAGCAGCAUGACAUUAGUAACACAGCAGCACAUCCACUCUCUUCAACUUUGCUUCUUUCCACGCUUUUGACGACUGUCAUGGAGUUGAACAAUCUCUCCGUGGUGCUACAUUCUAAGGGAGACCUCAGACUGGAAACGCGACCUGUCCCCAAGCCAGGGCCAAAUGAGGUUCUGCUUCAGAUGCACUCUGUUGGCAUCUGCGGCUCAGAUGUCCACUACUGGCAGCACGGCGGCAUCGGAGACGUUGUGCUCACAAAGCCGAUGGUGUUGGGACACGAAGCAGCAGGUCGGGUGAUAAAAGUCGGCUCGGCGGUCAAACACCUUCAAGUGGGCGACCGAGUUGCCAUCGAGCCAGGUGUGCCCAGAGAGACGGAUGAGUUUUUCAAAAACGGACGCUACAAUUUGUCUCCCACCAUCUUUUUCUGUGCCACCCCGCCCGAUGAUGGCAACCUGUGCAGAUACUACACACACAAUGCCAACUUCUGUUACAAGUUGCCUGAUAAUGUGACAUUUGAGGAGGGUGCUCUGAUCGAACCGCUGUCUGUGGGCAUCCACGCAUGUCGCAGGGCCGGCGUGACCCUCGGCAGCACCGUACUCGUCUGUGGCGCAGGACCAAUUGGCUUAGUCUGUCUGCUUGUGGCCAAAGCAAUGGGAGCUGCACAGGUUGUCAUUACAGGCAGAGAUCUGUUCCCCGAGCGUCUGGCCAUGGCCAAGGAGUUGGGUGCCGACUUCCAGUUGGGGGUGAAGAGAGGGGAUGGACCUCAGCUGUUGGCCAAGAGCGUUGAGGACAUGCUGGGAGCUCAGCCGCACAUCACCAUUGAAUGUAGUGGUGUUGAGAGCAGUAUUCAAACUGCCAUCUAUGCGACACGCUCAGGAGGCGUGGUGGUGCUGGUGGGCCUUGGAUCCGAAAUGACCAAUGUUCCUCUUGUCAACGCGGCCACCAGAGAAGUUGAUAUCAGAGGCGUCUUCCGCUACUGCAACACCUGGCCUAUGGCAAUCGCCAUGUUGGCGUCAGGAAAGGUGAACGUGAAGCCUCUGGUCACUCACCGCUUCCCCCUGGAGCAGGCGGCCCAGGCUUUUGAGACCACGCGUCAGAGCCUGGGAAUAAAGGUCAUGUUGAAGUGCGACCAGAAUGACCAGAACCCUUAAAGUAACCAACACACUGCAGUGAAACUAUGGGGGACAGUUGAGUCACAUUUUGUUUUUAUCCUUAAUUGAAGAAAAAACACAACUUUUGGUUUACUGAAAUACUCGUAAGAGUUAAUUUUGGGAUUUUAUGUGACCAAUAAUUACCUUGAAUGUCAUUUUACAUCUUUACAUCAUGAAAAAAAAUAGUGAGAUGGACUUUUUUUUUAAAUGUUGUCUUUAAACGCUGAUUUUACACUUUUUAAAAUAUGUUAUUAGUAUGGUACGUCACCACAUGCAUUGCUUAGUUGUUACCAGAAGGGGGAACCAGAGCAUCAAAUUACAGUCUACAUAAACUGUCAAGACUCUUUCCAACUACUUUACUGAAAAAAUAAACAAUUCAGUGAACCAUUUACAUUUUUAUCAUUUUGUAAAUAAGGUUAAAACAGUUCACUAUGUUCAAAAGAUGGAUGGAUGGAACACCCCUGCCUUAUACGUUGUGAAGAUGACCAAAUGAAAGCAUCCUGCAGCAAUAAACCAUACUAAACACCCCCUCUUCCAAAUAAUACCAUCAACAUUAUUCUAUUACACAUUGCUUUAACAUGUCAAUAUUUUUUGCCUUGAUUGCUGUCACACUAAAGGGUGGGGUAGCACAUAGUUUGUAGCCUUAAAAGUCCAUAAAAUUAAUUGAUUGGAAUAUUAUUAAUAUUGUAUUUGAACUGUGUGAAGUAGAAUACAGCACGAAAUGUACCUAAAAUGUAUAAAUGAAAUAUUAUUAAUUACUUUCAUUCCAAUGCAAUUCAGGUUUGUAUCUUAAAGAGCUGAAUAGACUACUGUAGUGGCAUAUUUCUAAAUUGUUUAUUCUUGUAAGCAUUAAUGGAGCCUUUAUGAUGCCAUGAGCACAAUGGCCCCUUAACAACAAACACACACAUUUGCCUGCAACCUUGACAUGUUAACAAUGUAUUUGAACCUUUUUUGUGUGUAGUAUUUACAUUUUAUCUUCUAUAUACAUCUUAAAUCUCACCCAUGUAUCCCAUCAACUAUGCAUUUUUAGAAGCAAAAUAAUAUAAUCUUAAUGAAAUAAUUGUUGGUGUAGUUUUAGGAAUAGAUUCCUCCAAAUUCGUAUAUAUGUGAAGCUUAGGAGAAUCCAUGUCAGAGGUAACCAUAGAGUUUUUGUUUGUUUUUUGUGAUAUUCUCAGGUUUUGCUGAAUUCUUAGUUUGCCACUAAUACAUUAUACAAGUUUAUACAAAAAGGAGGGCUGACAUUGAUUUUAAUCACGAUUAAUUGCAUUAUUUUCAUGGUUAACUCAUGUUUCAUCGUGUCAAUAUUUAUGUUCUGCAUAGCUCAAAGAGAUGUUUUUCCACUCUCUAAUAAUGCAGGAGCAGAUAACUGUGUGGUGGUUAUUUGAAUAAAUGAUCCAGACAAACACAUUCUAGAAUAUUCUAUACAAUAAUUUAAAAUCGGGUUACUGCAUUAACCUUUAUGCCACCGUCAUAUUUACUACAUCUUUUUUUGUCCUGUCCAGCCACUCAGGCAAAUCAUAUUGUUGACAUAGAUGCCCUUCUGUUUUGUGUGGGAUACUUCUCUUGUUGCUUUGUUUGUAUUUGACUUCAUUAAACGGAUUUGUAUUAAUGUUUGGCGCAGCCGGACCGGAGCAGAAGGGGAUAGAAAGAAGGAAAAAAGGAAGACCGGCAGUAAUUGCGCGGGACAAAGAGGGAUAAGACAGAGAGAGACAACAACAACAACAUUACGACAGCAACAACAACAGAACAACCUCAGCAAAUACACUAUGUAACAAUAUGAUACGAAAAGUAAGACAUAGAAGCAGUUCGUGAAGUAAAUAUUAAUAACACAGAAAUGACAAUGAACAUUAUUGCACUACAAAUGGAGCAAUAAAAAUGCCAAUAGAAAUAACCAGAGGUGGGACCAAGUCAUUCUUUUGCAAGUCAUAAGUAAGUCUCAAGUCCUGAGUCAAGUCCCGAGUCAAGACAGGCAAGUCCAGAGUCAAG